UCCUCAUGCGCGCUCACAUCACCCUCAACCCCUCCCCAACCAAUUAGCACCUACCUCCCCUACUUUCAUGGCUUGAGAUAAAUUAUCCCCAUCCGGACCACCCAUGAAUUUAUUUGCACAAACUCCAAUCUCGGGGGAGCUAGAGAUGCCCAGAAUGAGGGCAUCAACAUCAUUGUGCACCCCGUCUGUAGUCCGGGGAACACACACAUUCAAGAUCGUCGGGUACAACCUUCAAAGGGGCAUCGGCGUUGGCAGGUACUUGUCAUCCACCCCCUUCAAUAUCAGCGGAUACUUCUGGCGCAUUGAGUACUACCCCGACGGGGAGAUGGAGAUGAAACAUGGGGACUAUGCAUCUAUUUCCCUAGAUUUCGCAAGCACCAACUCUGAGGUGAGGGCGUCCUUCGAGGUCAGGUUGGUCGACCAAGCCAAGAAGCUUGCUCCGUUGGUGGUCCUCUCCCAAAAUAUGCCGAUAGUGUUUCGCACUCAUCCGCCAACAUAUGUGGGCAAAGAUUUCCUGCAACCAUGGGCGUACCUACAGGAUGACAGCCUUGUGAUUGAAUGUGAUAUCACAGUUGUGGAAGAAUCCAAGGUGGCAGUAACGGCGACUUCCUUCAAAAUCCAAGUGCCUCCCUCGGAUCUAUCUAAUAAUCUCGGAGAAUUACUUAAGGCGGGGGAGGAAACAGAUGUCAUGUUCGAGGUUCGAGGGGAGAUUUUUCACGCACACAAGAUUGUGCUUGCGAUGCGGUCACCUGUCUUCAAAGCGGAUCUUUUCGGGCGGAAGGGCGACAGGACAAGGCGGAUCAUGAACAUAAAAGAUAUACAACCUCCUAUUUUCAGAGCAUUGCUUCACUUCAUCUACACAGAUUCAUUGCCUUCCAUGGGACAUCUUGAUGGAGAUGAUGGUGAAGAAAUGGUUAAGCACUUGAUCAUGGCCGCUGAUAGGUAUGCCAUGGCGAGGAUGAAGGUAAUAUGUGAGAGCAUCCUUUGCAAGAAUCUUAAUGUUCAGAAUGUCACUACUAUUUUAGCUCUAGCCAACGAGCAUCACUGCAACCACCUCAAAAAUGCUUGCCUUGAGUUCAUCACUUCUCCCGAUAGGAUACACGAUGUGGUGGCAAGUGAAGGGUAUGCUCAACUCAAAAGAUCCCGUCCUGCUAUCAUAGUUGAUAUUUUUGAGAGGGCAACUAAGUCCUGCAAAAUUUAG